CAAAAACCAACAAACAACACAAACAAAAUCCACCAAAAUCCAAAAAACACUCCCUCCUUUUUAUCUCACUCAACAUCAUCCUCUUCUUCUCCUCUCUCUCUCUCUUUUCCCCCCUUAAACCCCCUUUUCUUCUUCUUCAAUGGCACCCUCUCAUCACACCUAACCCCCUCAAAAAAACCCAAUUUCCCCAAUUUCCAAAUUUCUAUUCAAAAAUUCAACAUUUCAAUCUAAUAAUGGGUGCGUCGCUCUCGAAUUUAACAGAGGGCGGCGCUAAUUUAGGAGGAGAAUCUGGUCCUGGUCUAGGCGACAUACCCGAAGCAUGUGUUGCUUGCGUAUUUGUAUACUUAACUCCUCCUGAAAUCUGCAAUCUUGCGCGCCUCAAUCGCGCAUUUCGUGGGGCUGCUUCUUCCGACAGCGUCUGGGAAUCUAAGCUUCCCCCUAAUUACCCAGAUCUGCUUGCACUUCUCUCUCCUGAACGUUACCAAGAUUUGUCUAAGAAACACAUUUUUACCCUUCUUGCAAGAUCCAUCUCUAUUGAUGAUGGCAACAAGCAAGUUUGGGUGGACAAAGUGACAGGGAGGGUGUGCGUAUCGAUUUCGGCAAGAGCAAUGGCAAUCACUGGGAUUGAAGAUAGGAGGUAUUGGAGUUGGAUACCUACUGAGGACUCCAGGUUCCAGGAGGUGGCCUAUUUGCAGCAAAUAUGGUGGUUUGAGGUGGACGGUGUUGUUAAACUCCCUUUACCUCCUGAUAUCUAUACUCUUUCCUUUAGGCUACAUUUGGGGAAAUUUUCCAAGAGACUGGGACGUCGCUCGACUAACUUUGAACACACACAUGGAUGGCAUAUAAAACCAGUUCGGUUUGAAUUUACCACUUCUGAUAAUCAGCAUGCAAUUUCUGAGUGCUGUUUGGAUGAUACAGAACCGGAAGAGAUUAAAAUGAACCUUAAGCGAGGGUGUUGGAUAGAGUACAAUGUUGGCGAAUUCAUCGUGACAGAUUCAGAAUCUGUACCUGAAGUCAGGUUCUCAAUGAAGCAGAUCGAUUGCACGCAUUCCAAAGGUGGGCUCUGUGUAGAUUCUGUAUCUAUCAUUCCUAGUGAUUUAAGACAGCGGAAAAGAAGAUUGAUUUCAAAUUAACCAUAGAAUCAACAUAUCAUGUUUAUUGUAAGUUGUUAGCUGUGUGGAACUUUGCAUACUGGGGUUUAUCAUGCUCCUUUGCACUAUAAUACUUUGUGGUAUAAGAGCAAGGGAUAUCAUCUUGAUGUGGUUCUGUAAUCUUCACUGAAGUAGGCUAUUCAGUUUUUCUUUUAAUUUCAUUACACCAAUUACAGAGAAGAAUGUAGGGGAGCAUAUAAUAUUUUUUGUCUGCAUAGAUGGCUUGUUGAUGAGCGUGUGAUUA